UACCGACCUAGUCGUAGCAUUACACCACCGGGCAAUGAAUGCUGUCGCAAUAGACAGCCGCAUCGCGCACCGACUAUCUGCCUACGAAGACUGGCACAUUGAGCUGGCCUAGGCGAUCAAAUUGAUACUUGUUUAAUCUAGCCAUUGAGGGGAGGUUUCUGGCGAGUGGAAUAACGCUAUUGAUUCACUCAUUCAGCUACGGCUGCGCACCUACUACCUGUCACAUCUUACGCAACCUCCAACUCCUUCUCUCUCUCCCUCGCAUCCGACCAAGCCUAUAAACUAUCGCUACAAGAGUACUGCACUGACCUGACAUAAAUUCAACGUCGUCGCUUCUGCUACAUUGUGUCUUUCCGCUUUGAUCGCUGCAUUAUUGGUACCACGACGAGCGGCAAUACGUAGUAGUAUUGUGCCUCCGCCACGCUGCUCGCUUCCGCGGGAGUAUUCAUCACCACGCAUGUGCAUCUAUCAUCAAACAACUCGCCCCGGUCAAUAUGUCGAACUCUCAGGUCGGCAAUGUCUACCAGCAGAUAAUCAACGAUGUGAUCGCGGCGUCGCGAGUUGAUUUCGAGGAGGGCGGUAUUGAUGACGCAGUGUUGGAACAGCUAAGGAAGGUAAGCAGCAUGCACGGUUUCCAUCAACUUCCACGCGCGUUCAAGCGAGCGGCGGUAUCUAGCCAUCGAAAUCCCCUUCAACAGCAUGCUCUGAGUAGAAAGAAAAGAAAAAAGCACAUAAAAUGAUGGGGUCGCGGAGUGUAGAGACGCUGGCGUUGGGAGUUGCUGGGCUCCUUUGCUCCCAGAGCGAAGGGCUGCCUACUGAGUCGGUCAGCCGGAGGGGUGAGAACAGGCGGGUUGGGAGACGGGGCGGGCAGCAC